AAUAUUUUACGGUAUUUGUCAUGCGCAGUAAAGCAAAUUAAUCCAGACCAGCGUUACACCCGCUGGAAGAGGCAAUGCAGUUUGGACUGCCACCUGCAGAGACAGUACAAGGAAGACUCUUAAAAGCUUUCUGUGUGACAGUGUUUCUGAGCGUGUUGAUGCUCCCGCUGCUGAGGACUGUAGGAUUGCGUGCGUUCUCCAUGGCGACCGAAGCGUAUUCCUCCGGGACUCACUCUGCAGCUUUCGUCACCUGCCCCAAUGACACCGUCGCCAAAGAACUGGCCAGGGGGAUAGUGGAGAAGAAACUGGCAGCGUGCGUGAACAUAGUGCCGAAAAUCACAUCAAUAUAUGAAUGGCAAGGAAAGAUUGAAGAAGACAGUGAAGUGUUGCUGAUGAUUAAGACAAGGACUACAAAGAUCUCUGCUCUCGCUGAAUAUGUUAGGUCUAAUCAUCCGUACGAAGUGGCCGAGGUCAUUAGCUUGCCCAUUCAUCAGGGAAACCCUCCCUACCUGAAGUGGAUUGGAGACAUUGUGCCUGAAUAAAUGAGUAAAAUCACAGGGAGGAUACAAAAAAGUUCCCCCAAGAUCCUUCGAAAUUCAGAAUUUUUCUGUGUGUUUGUUACAGAGGUGUCUUUUUUGUUUUUAUUUUUUUUUUUUUAUGAAAAUGUUAGCAGACCUAUCGCAUACUCCACUAAUAAUGUAUAACUUUGACUUUAAAUAAUUUCAGUUUCACUUUAAUAAAAUGCUAUUUUAAAAAGUGUGA